UUUUUGCUAUGGAUUUUAAUCUAUCAACAAUUGUUGGAGCUGCUGAAUUCGUGCAACGAGCUUACCAUCCAGAUUUCGUCGAUUUAAUCUUUCAAGAGCAUUCUAAAAUUAUUGCAAUACCGAUAACUGGCACCUGUGAAAACUUUCAUAAGCCUGAAAACAAGAACAAAAAUCGGUUUUCAUACUUUCCAUGUUGGGACAUUACUCGUGUGGUCUUAGCAAAAAAUAACGAUGGAUCAGAUUACAUCAACGCUAACUUUAUAGAUGGAUUCAAAGCAGAAAACAAAUUUAUAGCAACUGAGCAGCCGAUUAGAUCCACCUUGAAUAGAUUCUAUUCCAUGGUCUGGCAACAAAACUCUCGCAUUAUCGUCCAACUGACCAGCCCUGGAGAAGCAUCACAGCCGACCUGUGUCUUGAGAGACUUCAUAUUCAAGGAAGAACAUAUCUAUUUGAAUUAUUACUUCACCAAGACAAUUUCAAGUCUCACUCACAUUCAGACUGGAGAGAAAAGAACGAUAUAUUGUUUCAAGUUUUUAGAUUGGCCCGAAAACGGAGCUCCUGAUGUAAAAUCGUUUCUUGACUUCUUGUUAGUGGUCAAUAAGCAGCACCAAGAAUUUUUCUUCGAAGUAUUGGCUACCGGACAAUCAUCGGUAGGCCCAAUUGUUGUCCACGGAAUGGCAGGUGUAGGAAGAACUGCAACUUUUUGUGCUGCAGAUUACUGCUUGUAUCAACUAGUAAAAACAGGAACCAUAUCAAUACCAUCAGUAGUGCUAGGUAUAAAAAUGCAGAGAAAUUUUAGUUUUUCGUCUAAAAUCCAAUAUCUUUUUCUAAAUUAUGUUUUACUCUACUUUAUAAGUACUAUUCGAUCUAACAGUGAAAUAUUCUUAGAACUACGUUCACAUUUUACGGACCAAGACACAUACUUAAUGAAUCUCAAAAUUAAAGAAAUUUAGUUAAUAAGGAAAUUAAUGUUUUGUUUAUUUUAAGUUUACAAUAAAUAUUUAUUACUGUUUAAGUUAUUUUAUUACGUUUUAUUUAACUAUCAAAAGCUAUAGUUCCUCCAAAUCACUUAGCGCUAACACAUAUACGAGUAAUUAAAUUUUUUAAGAAUUAUUUGUACGUAAAAAAUGCAAAUACGCUCAUUAUUUCAUCACUCAAUAUAAAAAAUUUAUCCAAUAUACAAACAGGAGAUCACUAUUAAAAAAAUUAAAAUUUUGAGUUAAAAUACUAUAGGUUGAGGGUCAUAGAUCAAUAGUUAUAAUUUCCGUGAGCUCUAGGCUCAAACAUGUUACCGAUUUUAAAAAACUAUAGCAGGAA